AUGAAGAUUAAUACAUUACUUUUAUUGGCAGCAGCCAUAAGUUCAUCUACAACUUAUGCUGCUGAAACUUCAAGUUCUUACCCAAGUUAUGCUAAUAACUUUCAAUCAAGAUAUAAUGCUUUGAUAAGUAGUUAUCAACAAAAUUAUGCCAGUGCCUUAGCAUCGGAUAGUCCAUCACCAACUCCAUCACCAUCACCAUCACCAUCACCAUCUCAAUCACCAUCUCAAUCACCGUCUUCAUCAGCUCCAAUUUCAGUAGCUCCUUCAGAAACAUCAGGGUCUCCUUCACUUGUUUCUGCUUCUGCUUUUGGAGGACCUGUACCUUCUGAUCCAUAUUACCCUUAUGGCCCAUCCUAUGGUGAAUAUCCAUCAUAUUCUUGGCCUUAUUGGUCUUAUCCUUAUUGGACUUAUAGUCCACCAACUUAUACCGGACCAACAUAUUCACCUCCAACUUAUUCAGGACCAACAUAUUCAUCUCCAACUCAUACUGAACCAUCUUAUACAGGUCCAACUUUUUCACCUCCAACAUAUACUGGCCCAACAUAUUCUGGUCCAACGUAUAGUGGCCCAACUUAUUCUGGUCCAAAUUAUUCUCCACCAACUUAUAGUGGACCAAGUUAUUCACCACCAUCAGGUUCUCCACCAUCUAAUAGUGGACCAAGUGAUUUCCCAACUCCAACUGGUACAUAUUCUCCAACAAAUAGUGCUUCAUCGGGUUCAACUUCUGUAGUACCAACUCCUCCAACCAGUGGAAUUUCUCCAACAACUUCAAUCCCUGGAAAUUCUCCAACUACUCCAACUACAAAUGGUGCUCCAAGUUCAAAUACCACACCAUCUACUCCAACUACUCCAACUACAAAUGGACCACCAACUUCAAAUACUACUCCAACUACUCCAACUACUCCAACUACAAAUGGACCACCAACUUCAAAUACUACUCCAUCUACUCCAACUACAAAUGGUGCUCCAAGUUCAAAUACUACUCCAUCUACUCCUAAUAAUUCGGUUCAUAUCGCACUUCCUUCAGGAGAUGGUGAAACUGAUACCACUGAUGGAGAAACUACGGCAAAUACACCAGCUGGUAGUUCAGCUCGUGUAGGUACACUUCCAAGUGAUACCAUUGGUACUACUAAUGGAACCCCUACAGAUGCUACCACUGGUACAACCACUGGUACAACCACUGGUACAACCACUGGUACAACUACCCCAACAGUUAAUCCAACUACAAGUGCUACUGGUACUGGUACUGAAAAUGAAACUGAAACAAAUCCUACAAACUCUAGUCCAACUACUGGCUCAAAUACUAGUACUAGUUCUAUUUCAUUAGUUAAUCCAACUACAACAUCUCUUGGAUCUGGAACAACUACUUCAACUGGUACCACAAGUCCAAGUACAACAGCAAUUGAUUCAGGAACUACAGGAACUACAGAUACUCCAGAUGAUGAAAAUGAAACUACAAAUGGAACAGAAAAUGGUACAACCAAUCCAACUGAAACUGCUCCAACUACAAGUCCAAGUCAAUCAUCAAUUGUCCAACCAAUUGGAACUAUUGGUACUGAAACUGGAGGAACUCUUCCAACUUCAAUUCCAACUUUAAUUCCAACAUUUACUCCAAAUACAACUCCAACUUUAACUCCUAGUACUGGUGAAUUAGAUACUUCAUCUCCUUCAGAGACUGUAGAAACUCAACCUGAUACUAAUACUAAUACUGGAUCUGGUACCGUUUCACUUCCUGGUACUGUUUCAGCUUCUGAUACAGUCUUACCAACUGGAUCUGGAACAGGAACAGUUACACCAUCAGUUGGUACUGGUACUGGUUCUGGUACCGCAGUUAAUUCACCAACUGGUGUUACUACUAAUACUCCAAGUAUUGCAACUGCUGGUACUGGUACUGGUACUGAAACUGGUACUGGUACUGGUACUGGAAGUACUAGUGAUUCUGAAACUAUUGGUGCUCCAGUAGGUACAUCAGGUACUGGUACUGUUGGUACUGGUACUAUUGGUACUGGAAGUAAUUCACCUACACAAGGUACUCCAACUAUUUCACCAAGUACAGGUACUGGUGUUGAUUCUGAAACAGGAGUUGCCGAUGAUGAAGGAACUGGAACUCCAACUGGAACUGGAACUGGAACCGGAACCGGAACUGGAACUCCAACUGGAACUGGAACUGGAACUGAAAAUACAUCAGGAAGUGGAACUCCAACUGAAAACACAACUGGAUCUGGAACUGGAACUGCACCAGCAACUGGAACUGGAACAAGUCCAAGUUUAGUUAAUCCAACUACUCUGCAACUUAGUUCUGGAUCAGAUGAAACUUCGAGUCCUACUGAUAAUAAUGAUGAUACUGAUACAGGUUCAGCCACUGGUCCUUCUCCAACUGAUACUACUACUCCAAGUACUACUGUUUUACCAUCUGAUGGUUCAAGUGGUACUGAUAGUGGAAGUUCUCCAAAUACUGAUACUGGAUCUGAUACUGGAUCUAAUACUGGAUCUAGUCCAACCACAAGUCCUGGCUCGGAUACUGGAUCUGGUCCAACCACCAGUCCUGGUACUGGUACUGGUUCAGGAACUGAUUCUGGUGCAACCACUGCACCUGAUUCAGGUAAUACUCAAAGUCCAACUACCGGUACUGAUAAUCAAGAAACAGGACUGCCAACUGAUUCUACUGGAACUGGAGGUUCUACAAGUCCUGAUACACCAGCAACUGGUGGAGGUAGUAGUGGAGGAGCUUCUGGUAUUCCAACUACAGGAGGUGCUUCAGAUACCAAUUCCUUAGCAACUCCAAGUAUCAGUAGUUUAGAUAGUGGAUCUGCAACAGGAUCACCAACUGGACCUGAAGCUUCAGGAACUGAUUCAGGUAGUAUUACUGGUACUGGUCCAAUUGCUACUAAUUCACCAUCUGCUAGUAAUUUAGACUCAGCUGCUGCAUCUGAACCACCAACUACAGGACCAAUUUCUCAAGGUACUGAUACACCAACCAAUGAAUCAAAUACUGCUACUACAGCACCUGAUUCAGCUGCUACUGGUAGUAAUGAUAAUGCUGCUACAUCACCAAAUACUUCGGUUAUUACUUCCCAAUCUUUACCAUCAAAUGUAACUCCAUUUACUUUACAAAGUGCAUCUGAUGCUGAAAUUUCAAAUGCUAGUAAUACCGCUGCUACUAAUUCAGAUGAUGUAGCAUCAGCUGCAUCAGCUGCAUCAGCACCUACUGGAACUGAUACAUCAGCUCCAGUUACCGAUUCAGGUCAUACUGGUACAGAUGAUACUCAUUCAGCUGCUACUCCAGUACCUGUUUCUCCAAGUACUGCUUCAUUAACUACUGGACCAAAUUCUUCAGGCACUGGUGCUGGAACUGCCACUACAGCUAAUGUAUCUAAUUGGCUUCCAACUCAAUUACUUAUUGAAACUGGAACUACCCAAGAUGCAUCAUUAGAAUCUGGUGCAACAACGGCAACUGCUAAUCAAGCCACUUCUGGAUUACCAAGAGCCAUUACACCUGCAACCACAGCUAAUCCUGGUAGUGAUUAUCAAUUAGUUUAUAUUGGAUUUAAAUCGGAAUUAAAUUAUCCAUUUGUAGUUCAACAUUCCGUAUCUUCAGCACAAAUUUUCCAAUAUUUACCAGGAGUUUUAACAUUCCCAUUUAAUGAUAUUAAUUCUUAUAAAGAUGUAUCAGUUAAAAGAUUAAUUCCAUUUACUGCUAGUGGAAUUUCUUAUACUAUUACAGUUGCAGAAGUUUAUUUCCCAAGUAGUUCAGUAAGUGCUUUAGCACAAUUUAUACAAACUCCUGGUUCAUUAAUCUAUAGAAAUCCUGAUUCAACAGAACAAACAUUAAGUAAUUUAGUUGAUAGUAGAAUUCCAUUAACAGGUUUAAAUGUUGAUAUUGGAGCUUCAAGUACAGCAUCUUCAUCAUCAAAUUCUAAUGCUAAUUAUGGAUCAAUUGAUUCAACUGAUAUUACUUCAUCAUCAAAUAAAGGUAAUAUUGCGGGAAUUACAAUUGGUGCAGCAGCAGGAUGUACAAUUUAUCUUGGAUUAAUGGCUGUAUUAUUUAGAAGAUAUAAGAAUGGUAAAUCCGUUCAAUUACCACCAUCUGAUAGUGAAUCUAAUUUAGGAUUACCAUCAGAUGGAUCUAUUUUAGAAAGAUCUUCAGGAUUUUCUGCUAUAUUUAAUAGAAUUAAUGGUAAUGUUAGUAAUUCACCUGGUGGAUCAUUAAGUGGUAGAAUCUCUGAUCCUGUUCAACAAUCUAAUUCACUAGGAUGGUCACAUUGA